AUGGACCACAAAAAAUUUGUAAGUCGUUUUUUUUAAUUUUUAGUACGAAUGAUUAUUUUAAAAAUCACUUAUUACAUAACUUUUGACAUCAAAAUUUUUCAUUACUUUCUUGCAAGUUACUUAAUUUUUGUUAACAAAAAAUUUUUUAGGAUGGGGACUAAUUUGGCAUCUGUGGUGAGGUUGUGUAACCACUCCCCCAGAGCUCUGAAAAUAUGAAAUUCCCAUGAUUCCAGAAUUCGAUUAUGCAAAUUUCGAGCUCAAAAUUUUUAAAAAUUUGAAUUUUGAGAGCUCUCGGCUCUCAAAACACCGCCAACUUUCCCCCGGAAUGAAGGCCCCGGGCCCAAGUUCCUAAUCGAAUUUUUGGUUCAAUAAUUCGACUUCCAACGUCACCAUUUGAAUUUGCGUGGGAAUGUUGAAUCUUCAUAACUUUGAGAAAUCAAAAUUCCAAAGAUUUCGUAUUUUUUGAGCAAAAUAUGCGUAGACAUGGAAGUUCGAUCAAAAAUCCGAUUAGGAAAUUGGCCCCCGGCUGAAACUUUUUUCGAAAUAUUUUUUCCAAAAAGCAAAAAAGGUUCAAGAAAUUUUUGCACGGUGCAAUGACCUCAAGAAGGUGUCAUAGAGAAGAAUUCCUAAGUAAGUCUGGAAACUGACAUGAUCUCUCAACUUUGUAGACACUGAGAUCUCAAAGAAACCUGCAAAAUUAUGAAUUAUUUUUCUCGAUACAGGUAAAGGUAGUGCCAAUACAAACAAAGUGCUUUUUUGGAGAGCAAAAAAACACGGGGAUUCUGGUUGCAAGAUAAACAAAUGUACGUAACUUGAGGAUUAGGAAGUUAUGAGCGGAAAUUGUAAACUAACAAUUUUGCGGAUGUUCGAAAAGGCUGGUAUUUGCUUGGUCGACUAAAAAAUACGUAAUGGAAAAUAAAAAUUUUUGCAAGGUAAGCAAACGCAAUAAAUUCCAAACCACCUUCCAAAAAUAGCCCCGUGAACUUUCCGAAUUUUUAUUAAUCAGUAAUCCCCUAAUUUAUUUUCCCUUUCGAAACAGGAAUUUACUGUAAUGAAUUUGUUGUUUGUCUCCGUUUUAUUCGUCGAAACGUCGCAUUUCCUUUGCAGAGUCGCUCCCUCCGCGGUCCAUCCCCUCCUCUGACGGGCCGAUGGAACCGGCUGUCGCUGUUCGUUCAUUCGCGACUUUGGACCUCGGCCCGACGUCGCUCCGCCAUCAAAACCAUGGGAAGUUCGGUGUCGCGACAGUACGCCGACCCUCCGCGCGUCCGGACGAGCUUGGGCUGGGUGGAGGGGAAAUGGGUCGAGAUCAACGAGUACAAUGCGGCCAAGGCCUUCUUGGGGAUUCCUUUUGCGAAACCACCGAUUGGCGAAUUGAGGUUUGAGGUGGGUUUUUUCUGUCAUUUUUUGAAUAAUUUUUUUGAUUUUUUGUUUCAAAAUUUUUUACAAAAUCUGUAAAUGUCGUAAAUUUUUGAUGACAAAGGAAGGAUUUGGAGACAUUUUAUAAGAUAAAAAAAUUCUAUUUUAAUUUUCUUGUUGGAAGUUUUUUACAAAGACCCAUGAAGUCCUGAAACAAUGUUUGAUGCAAAUAAAAAGCCGGCGGAGACAUUUUAUACGGUGAAACAUGCUUGAUUUUUUUGAUCUUUUUCAAUUUCAAAAUUUUUUUCUUGUUUUUUUAUUUUGCAAAAUGUAAAACGACUUGUCACCCCUCGAAAAAUUCUGAAACCAUUUUUCAAUUAUACGCCUUUUUUAUUAUUUUUUUGGAUUUGUCUAGACCAAUAAAGCUAAGUCACUUCGAAUACUUCCCGAACAAUUUAUGUCGAAUUACUGGCUUUUUCGAAUAUUUAAAAGUUGUUUUUGCAUUUUUAAGUUUCUUUUUCUCAAUUCAAAAAAAAAAGAUUUUGACAAAAUUGCGACAUUUUUCUCAACGGGUCAUCCAUUUUUCGAAGGGAACUUUAAAUCUUUUUUUGUUACAACCUUCCCGAAUAAUCACGGAAAAUACGAAAACAAUGGAACGAAGAAAACGUGACUUAAUUUGAGGCGAAAAUUGAAGAAAAAAAAUUUAUGUGGUCGAGUCUGAAAGAUAUUAAAAAUUACUGUAGGCCACUUACAUUGUUUGACCGAUUUCACAAUUGUCUGCCCAAAUUGGCAUUUCGGACCAUUUUAUACGAUGAAACAUGGUUUUUCAAAAUUUCUGAAAAAAUCAGCCAAAAAAUUUGUUAAAGUCCAAAAUUGCUGCAGAUGUUGCAGAAAUUAUUUUUUCGACAUUUUAAGAUGAUUUUUUUAGAAGCCCCAACCACCAGAUCCCUGGACCGGGAUCCUGGAAUGCCGCAAGUAUCGCUCUCGCUCAGUUCAAACCUCUUUUGUCUGGGAUUUUGUUGAUGUCCGCGUCCCGAUCAGUGAGGACUGCCUCUACUUGAAUAUUAUUACCCCUUCCAAACAAACAACUGAGUUUCCGGUAAGUCCGCCAAGUAUAAUAUAAUUUAUAUCCAUGAUUUCAGAAAGGUUAUGCCGUGAUGGUCUACAUUCAUGGCGGUGGAUACGUGAUGGAUAGUGCCGCCAAAUAUCAUUAUACCAAAUGCGCAAAGUCUGUUUUUUUAAUCUUUUUGUCAUCGAGUGGUCUAGUAUAACAUAAUUUGACGAUUUUUUCAGGUAUCUAGUCAAGAAUAAUGUAAUCGUGGUAACAAUUCAGUAUCGUCUCGGUCUUCUCGGGUAUUUCUGUCUGGACGAUGAAUAUAUCAGAGGGAAUUUUGGGUUCUGGGAUCAGAUUAUGGCCCUCAAGUUCAUCAAGGAGAACAUUUCCAAGUUUGGAGGCGAUCCCGAGAGGAUUACCGUGUUCGGCCAAAGUGCUGGUGGAGCAGCGACUGAUCUGUUAUCGGUUUCUCCGGUCUCGAGAGGUGAGCGUUCAAAAAUAUUUUAAAAAAUACAAGGUUAAAAUUAUAUUAUUUUCAAAAAAUUUUAUUCUUCAUUUUUGUUGACAUUCGACUAAAAAUUUUUAUUAUAAAACGAAUGCGUCGUAUUUUUCUUCGUAUUUUACAAUUUCAGAUCUCUUCCAACGAAAAAUUUGCAUGGCCGGAUCGGCUGAAAAUAAUUGGGCAGUGACUGAUCGAGCAAAGGCCAUCGAAUAUAGCCGAGAAAAGGCCAUUGCCUUAGGGUUCAGACCUCAAAACAGUAAGAUUUGACCUUGAGAUUUUGUUUGUUAACUACUUUAAUAUCAAAUUCUUUUGUCUUUAGACUGGGACGACAUUGAUAACAAAAAAUGUUUGGAUUUCCUCAGAAAACAGCCUAGUCAGAAGUUCGGACUAACGAUGGUUGGUAAGCAAAUGUUUUGUCGAUUUAAUAUUGUACCGUUCAGGUGAAAGAGCGGUUCUAAACGAAAUGAGAUUACUUUUGGCCCCGGUUUAUGACGAUGAAUUGUUGCCAAGGCCAGUUUGCGAACUGAGGAAGGAAACGAAGCCAAAAGAUUCGAUCAGUGGACUCUGUGCUCACGAGGGAUUACUGUUUUGUAAGUUAUAUUGCUUUUGCUUGGGAAUGGAAAUUGCCAAGAACGAUGAUCCAGGCCUAUAUACAGGUUUUGUUGAAAUUUGGCAAAAAAAUUUAGCGAUCUACAGUAGUUGACAGCGAAUUGUCAAUUUUUUUAUUUCGUGUGUAACUUCACUCAGACUCAACAGAAUUUGAUGAGACCAAGAGCGUUUAAGAGGCUGGGAGACACGCUUCAACCUUAUGAAAUUGUUUUAUUUCAUAUCGGCCACAGGCGUGGUAAAAAUUUUAAAACAAAUUUUUUUGGGGGACAACGAAUUGUCAAUUUUUACAUUUUGAGGCAUAAGAUCUCAAUAAACCAGCAUAUAAAGACUAGAAUGGAGAGUAAUCAGUUGCCAGCAAUCAUAGAACAGCAUACAACGGGUUUCAGCCAUUAUUAUAAUCUCCCUCGCUUUCUAUAGGUCGGGCACUUGGGGGUGGACCAUGUACAAUAUAAUGACAGCUUAGGGGUCUCAAAGGCCGAAAUUAUUUGAUAUUAUGGUUUUUAAUGGAAGAGUAUUGCUUAUGUGUAAGAAAAUUGCACCAGAUUACAACUUGGAGGAGCUAAGGGUCAAGCAUUCGUCAGAUAAUAUUAUUUAUGGUCAUCUAAACCCUGUGUUACUCCCAAAAAUCGAUAAUUUUCUUUCCGACAGGGGGCAUAGGUUCAUUUAAACUUUCUUUACGGCCAUACUGACGACAUUCUACAAAUUAUUUCAUUACCUGUCUCGACGCCCUGAAAUUUCCGGGUGAGAUUCUGACGGUCCAAUUAAUUCUUGUGCCACACUAGGGUGGUGAGUAUAUUAAUCAUUUUAUUGCGCGUCUUCUGCUUUUUUAAACGUUAAAACUAAUAUUUUUAAUGCUUGUAAAAAUCUCUAAUAUGCUAAUAAAAUGUCUUGGAAGUUGCAGGCUUGAAGAAAUAAGAAUUUUUCUGGGUGUUGCAAACCCGGCGUGAAAAUUCAUGUAAAACCAAAUAUUUCCCUCUGCAUACCUCAUCCAUGAGUGCUGGUACUGACAUGUGAAAGGCACUGAAUAUUUGUCUUUUAGUGUAGUUUGUUUUCAAAUAUAGAAGGUUUCUCCAACGAUCCUCAUGCGCGACAUUUUUUGAUUUUUGAUACUCUGACCAACAGCAUGAAAGGCCAUGAUUAACAUAUUCGAGGUAACAAGGCGCAAGUGUAACCCGUUAGGUGUAAUUUUUUGACUUGCCCUAGCGUAGUAAGAUGUAACCGCCCAUAAAAAACCGGAAUAUAAGAUAAUUUCGGCCUAGGAAGCCCCCAGGCUGACAUUAUAUUGUACAUGGUCCACCCCCAAGUGCCCGACCUAUAGAAAGCGAGGGAGAUUAUAAUAAUGGCUGAAACCCGUUGUAUGCUGUUCUAUGAUUGCUGGCAACUGAUUACUCUCCAUUCUAGUCUUUAUAUGCUGGUUUAUUGAGAUCUUAUGCCUCAAAAUGUAAAAAUUGACAAUUCGUUGUCCCCCAAAAAAAUUUGUUUUAAAAUUUUUACCACGCCUGUGGCCGAUAUGAAAUAAAACAAUUUCAUAAGGUUGAAGCGUGUCUCCCAGCCUCUUAAACGCUCUUGGUCUCAUCAAAUUCUGUUGAGUCUGAGUGAAGUUACACACGAAAUAAAAAAAUUGACAAUUCGCUGUCAACUACUGUAUAUUGUUUCUUACCAUAAUUUUUUAUUUCAGUACUCCUAAGUCGUCGGUUUCCCAAUCGAAAACUCCUGGAGCUAUUCGAAAGCAAUGUUAUCAAGAUGCUGGAACGCCAUAAUCAUCUUCUCCCAGAGUCCCAAAAGAUUUAUCCAGCCGAUUUUAAAGCCUUAUAUGGAGUGGAUGAGGACAUGAAAAGGGAUAAAAAGAAGGUCCAAGACGCUUGUUUAGCUGUAAGUAAUAGAAAAGUGAUCCAGGAAUAAUAAUUUUAGAUGAUGGACGACUUUAUAAACAACACUCCCGUCUACAACUACAGUAAAAAUAUGGUUGAUCAAGGGGGGAAAUGCUACUUAUAUCUGUUUGAACACUACAAUCCCGCUCUUUUCCAUGGAUUCAAUCUGUUCAUGCCGUUUACAGGUAAGGUUCUAGCUCGCUCUUUGCAAAACUAGUUGAGAUGUUGCUCAGAGAAUUCAAAUUUUCCCCUUUUGAGAAGUCUUUUUUCACUUAUUCAAAUCUGAGAGUUCAAUUUUGAGCUCCUGUUGGAAAAUUCCAAGAUUUCCUAAAGCUGAACCAUUUUCUCUAAACAUCUCAUCGUAAAAAAUUAUAUUUGAACCGAUUGCUUUCAGCCGCCACCCACUGCACCGAGCUCGCCUAUCUAUUUGAUGUAAAUAUUCUCCUGAAGCCUUGGAAACGCUCAAAAGAGGACAUAAAAGUCCGAAACCUGAUCACCACAAUGUGGACCAACUUUGCCAAAUAUGGAAACCCGAACUCGGUUCGAUUCGACUUUAAUUGGGCUCCCGCGACCAAAGAGUCGCUCGGAAAACACCUGGUGAUAAAAGAGAAGCCAGAGAUGAGACUGGAAUACGACUUCGAGGAACGGGUCAAGAAGUUGUCGCCAUCUUUCAUGGCGUAUAAUAAGGAGCUGUAUUCGGCUUCAUGUCUGUGA